CACCAAUCCCACAAUGCGCUGCUCCUCCGCUCUCCCACAAGAUCCCCCCCUCGUCCGCCCCACAAUGCCCUGCUGCCGGCCCCCUUCUUCCCCCGUGAGCGGCAGGGUCUGUCCCUGUAGCAGGAAGAUGGCGGACACAAUGAGCAGGGGCCGCCGCUCCGCAGCCUGAGCCGACCCCGCCUGAGGGCGCUGCCCGCCCGUGCCGAAUCCGCCUGCCAGCGACGCGCCGCCCCCGCUCGGAGACCCGCGCGCGCCAGGCUCCCGCCCGGCUUCCCUUUCUCGCUGCUUCGCAGGCCCCGCGGGUUCUAGGCCGCCGCCCGGCUCCUCACGUUCACCGGCGUCCUCCGUGCCCGGCUCCCGCUGGGCCCCGGCCGGCUCCUUAGGCCCCGCUCGCGCCGCCCCAUCCCUCGCGGCAUGAAGCUAACGGACAACGUGCUGCGGAGCUUCCGCGUGGCCAAGGUCUUCCGCGAGAACUCGGACAAAAUCAACUGCUUCGACUUCAGCCCCAACGGCGAGACCGUCAUCUCCAGCAGCGACGACGACUCCAUCGUGCUCUACGACUGCCAGGAGGGCAAACCAAAGAGAACACUGUAUAGUAAAAAGUAUGGAGUGGACCUAAUCAGAUACACACAUGCUGCCAACACUGUGGUGUACAGCUCCAACAAAAUAGACGAUACAAUCCGUUACCUCUCCCUACAUGAUAAUAAAUACAUCCGAUAUUUUCCAGGGCACAGCAAGAGAGUUGUUGCCCUGUCCAUGUCUCCAGUAGAUGAUACCUUUAUUUCUGGAUCACUUGAUAAAACCAUCCGACUUUGGGAUCUCCGGUCUCCAAACUGCCAGGGUUUAAUGCAUCUUCAGGGGAAGCCUGUAUGCUCCUUUGAUCCAGAGGGCCUGAUCUUUGCUGCUGGAGUCAAUUCUGAAAUGGUGAAGCUUUACGAUCUCCGCUCUUUUGACAAGGGUCCAUUUGCUACAUUCAAGAUGCAGUACGAUCGAACCUGUGAGUGGACAGGCUUGAAGUUCAGUAACGACGGGAAGCUCAUCCUCCUAUCAACCAACGGAGGGUUCCUUCGACUGAUUGAUGCCUUUAAGGGAGCUGUACUGCAUACGUUUGGGGGUUAUAACAACAGUAAGGCUGUCACGUUGGAGGCAUCAUUCACACCAGAUUCCCAGUUCAUAAUGAUUGGUUCAGAGGAUGGAAAAAUUCAUGUCUGGAAUGGGGAGAGUGGGAUGAAGGUGGCUGUGUUGGAUGGGAAACACACAGGUCCUAUAACCUGUCUGCAGUUCAAUCCCAAAUUCAUGACCUUUGCCAGUGCAUGUUCCAACAUGGCCUUUUGGUUGCCAACCAUAGAUGACUAAUUCUGAAACCACAAUGCCCACUGGGUGGCUUCCAUACUGUUAAUAGCAGCGUGUUCUUGCGAAGAUGGUGUCGGAGCUGCCUACUCCUCCUGGACUGUAUGUUCUCAUCCAUCAUACCCACAUACGUUCCUGUAUGUCUUUUUUUUUUUUUUUUCUGCAUUCCUUCAGAAGGACUCCUUCAUUUGACCUCCGAGAGUCUGAUCAUGCUGUACCCAGAAGCUGGGUGCAACAUGUAGCUACUUUCCAGUCAAAGUCCAAUAGGUUCCAGCAGAACUUAUAACUGGCACAGUGUUACUUUUGAGAACGUGGUGGAGAAAUAACAGAGUCUGAUUUUUAUGAAGUUUGCUGCAGUCUCUAAGGUGUAAUUGUGUUUUGUUCUCUUACUGUAAACACACAAGGCUACAGACAAACUGCGGUGGGUGAGUGGGACGUACAGUUCUGUCCCACACCUGCAUGUUUAUCACGCCUGGGAUCUCUACAGCGUCACUAUUGAAUUCUACAAAUACAAACUUCAUUUGUGCCAAAUACAAGCAGACUGACUGUUUUUUAACCCAAAUGUCAGAUGCACAGAGAUUUCUUUUGCUAUUGAACACUUAGGCAAAGGCUGCAUAUUCGCAUCAUGGCAUCCAUCAUCAAUUUCUGGUGGUCUAGUGUCUGGCAGACCAUACAGGUUUUGCCUGCUGGCAGAGAAAGCUUGAAGCCGCCUCUGUGCCAUUCAUCAUCCAAGCUUGAAGCAGCCUCUGUGCUUGAAGCAGCCUCUGUGCCAUUCAUCAUCAGAGUACUGAAGAGGUCCGGUGGGUAUCCCAAGCAAUAAAGGAGUCUGUCAGCAGGAAGACAGUUAAAACAAAGACUGAAACUGCAGUAGUCUCCAAUACAUCUUCCUUCUGUAUCAUCUUUGCUGAUCCUACUUGUAAAUAUUUUGGGGGGAGGAUAAUAGGGAGGGGUCAUAUUUUUUUACUUUUAGGUAUUAAAGAGUAUGAUGUGGGCCAGUAUUGUGGGAUGAGUUCAGGCUGUUUACCUUCCAUUGAUGCAGCUUUCUCCUCUUGUUCUGUAAAUAAGUUCCAUUAAAUUCUCCCCAAACUGGGUCCAGGCCUGUAUCCCUUUUGUUAGUAAUACGUCCACACACAAGAUUUUAUUCCAUUAUGUAUUUACUCACACAUUGUGCAAGUUCUCAACAAUUGCUUAAAAGACUGUGGCUCACCUAAGUCGCAUGGGUGUUAUCCAAAGCCAAAUGGAGAAUUUGAGAUGUCUGAUAUCCCUUUUUUUCUUGUAUUUUGCCCUGGCAUUUCUGUAAAGAAUGCCCUUGCAGAAGUAUUAUACCUCUGUUGGAUAUACUGCACUCUGCUGUCCAUUUUUGGGCAAUGCAAAAAGUAAACCAAGCCUACCAGCUGGUAUUGUUCCACUUUCUUUCUUUUCCUAAGUCAUCACAUUGUAAAAUUGGUCUGAUGCAUCUCCAUUAGCAUGAUGGGAAAAGUACAAUGUACAUGGAGCUAUGCACUGUGCUCUCAUCUUAACCAAAUACUUGCAACCUAGAGGCUGAGCAUACACCCUAGGUACAUUUGCUUGGAAAAUCCAUUCUUUGUCUUCUGCUGCUGACCUCAACCUCCCAAAAAUGCAAGAGACUGUCAAGGUGGCAAUCUAAACAGGGAAUAGGCUGAUCCUGGAUGCCAUUUUAGUGUCCUCUCAUACCUGAAAAUAAUUUGCUACACCUCUGGUAAUAGUGAUCUUGAUGCUCCAUGUUGUGUAGUUUCCAUCUCCACUGUAGGGCCUCGCAUCAAUGCAGAGCAUGUUCCACUGGAAUAAUGUAUGGGUUUGUGGUGCAGCCCACCGUUUUCUCUGCUCCACCCUUGCUUGUUACAACUGUUAGCAUAACACACACUUCCAUAAGCAAGGGCUAGGGGUGUAGAAUGGGUUUCUCGGCACUGCCAGUCCCCUUGAGGUAUUAGUGCAUGUUGUGCUGCAGCUUUAUCUAUGACAGACACUGUAUGUCAUCAAAAGGGCUGCUGUGCAUGAGAGAGUCUGAGAAAUUAAUUGUUUGAAUCUAUGCUGUGACUAAAAAUGCUGUUUAGACUCUGUGAUGUGCCUCUGUGCUAAUUAUACUGUACAUGUUUAAAGCCGAUUCUGUGGUGUGUUCUGUGUUACACGAGUUCGUCUGUUACUCACUUGGUGGGGAUGAUGGACUGACUUUCUUUUGAUCUCGCCAAACACGCUGCAGGAGUUCCAGAUCAGAGAUUCCUUUGUAUGGCUGCACCAGCAUCCCUCCUACUGGCUAAUACUGUGCUGAUUUCACCUCAAAAGGCCAAGGGCAAAGGGAGAUGGACAUCUGUUCUCACACAUGACUAGGCUUCUGCAACUGUUUCUUUUUCAGCCUGUUCUUGUUGCAUUCUGGGCUGUUUGGUGCUAUAGCUGCCAUUUAGUGUUUCUGUGAGCAGCCAUAUUUUGCAGAGGUUUAUAACUUAGCAUGUUUAUGGUGGUGGUGGUGAAUUUAAAAUUAAAAUAAAAUUGAGGUUGAAACCAUGAUAACCUGAAGCAAACUCAUUCAGGUUUUUGCUUUUAGAUGAGUGAAAUGAACAGUUAGUCCCCACCAGAUAUUACUUAGGCAGGGAAGAGACUCAGAAGAUUUUUCUUCUGAGAAGUGCCACUUGCAAACCUGCUAUAAACACUUUUCAUAAGGCUGUGUUAGGUAUCCCCAGCUGCAUUGUAACCCUCUCAAUGUGUAUUUGCAGCGUGGAAUGUUUAACGCUAUAGAGGGCUGAAAUGUUGAUCAAAGAAUUUGCACAUCAGAAACAUCAAACAUUUUCAGGUCAAGAGAAGUUUGCAGGAUCAUACGCAAGGCGGCACUGACUCAGUGUAAAAUUGGUAGUAUUUUGUCUCUAGGGAACUAGAUAUUUUUCCCUGACUGAUUUUCUUUGUUGCAUGAGUCUCUCACAAUCUUAAUGUAGCGAUCAGGGUUUUAGGACAAAACGGAAAGAGAACUGACUGUGUUGCCAGAACAAUUACCUGGAAACUUUUAAAAAAGCAAAUUCAGUUGCAUUCAUUAGCUUUCAUAGAGCAAACUGAAAGACAGGGAAAAAGGCUUUUAAGGAAUAUGCAGGGUUUGAAAACUAAAGAAUAUUAGGAGUGACACUUCAGUACUUUUAGGGGAAACUGGAUAUAAUCAGAAAAGUACAUCUAAAAAUAGCACCACCUUACCCAGCCUACUGUGUCAGAGUUCCAUGGCUAUACCCUGUUACUUUGACUCUCAUUGGCCCAGCAGAGUUAAAUACUGGAGAGGGAGCUGGAUUCUGUUUUGCUUCAGGCACUAAUCAAUGGAAGUUCUGAUUCCAAAUCUUCAUUACUGGUGGUGUCACUAAUAGUAGUAGAAAGGAGCCCAGCUUGACCUCUUCUCAGAUCCAUAUAUGAGAUUGCAAAGGAGGCAGUUUAUAUUUAUAAAAAAAAAAAAUCCUGUCUGUACCCCAAUCCUGCAAAUAUUACACAGGUGCUUAACUUUAAGUAUGUGAAUAAUGCCAUUGAUGCAUGUGCACAAAAGUUUGCAGGAUUGUGGCAUUGAUUCAUAAUCUAAUCAGAUUUGAUAAGCAACUGAGAAUAAAUAGGGAAGCUACAAUCUCUUUUCUGAUCACAGUUCUGGCUAUAUUUGCACUUUAACAAUCUGCAACAGGAUUUCUGGGUAGCAGGCUGGGAUCCUGUUUGCCUUUGAGAGAGGCUGUCCAUUGCAACUGCUGUCCUAUUGACUAUUCUUGGUUGUGAGCUUGGUUUUGUGAAUUUAAUUUUUAGGUGGUGACCAUCUAUUGGAGGAGUGUAAAUACAUUAAUGUCAAAUUAUGAGAUGCCAUAAAAUACUGCAGAUGUGGACAAUUCAGUGUUGUGGCUGUUAUCAAAUAAAUAUUUUGUAGACUGAU